AUGGGGAGACGGCGGCGGCUCUGUCUCCAGCCCUACUUCGUGUGGCUGGGCUGUGUGGCGCUCUGGGCGCAGGGCACGACCAGCCAGCCCCAGCCUCCGCCACCCAAGCCGCCCAGGUCUCAGCCGCUGUUGCAACAGGUCCGGCCGGUGGCAGCGGGGUCCGAAGGCGGGUUUGCUGCGCCCGAAUACCGAGAGGAGGGAGCCGCGGCGGCCAGCCGCGUCCGCAGGCGUGGACAGCAGGACGUACUUAGAGGGCCCAACGUUUGUGGUUCCAGAUUCCACUCAUACUGCUGCCCUGGAUGGAAGACACUCCCAGGAGGAAACCAGUGCAUUGUCCCAAUUUGUAGAAAUAGUUGUGGAGAUGGAUUUUGUUCCCGUCCUAACAUGUGUACUUGUUCCAGCGGCCAAAUAUCACCUACCUGUGGAUCAAAAUCAAUUCAGCAGUGCAGUGUUCGAUGUAUGAAUGGAGGUACCUGUGCGGAAGACCAUUGCCAGUGUCAGAAGGGUUAUAUUGGAACUUACUGUGGACAACCCGUCUGUGAAAAUGGAUGUCAGAAUGGUGGACGCUGUAUUGGACCCAACCGCUGUGCUUGUGUGUAUGGAUUUACUGGUCCACAGUGUGAAAGAGAUUACAGGACAGGUCCAUGCUUCACUCAGGUUAACAACCAGAUGUGCCAAGGGCAGCUGACAGGCAUUGUGUGCACAAAGACCCUGUGUUGUGCCACCAUUGGACGGGCCUGGGGCCACCCCUGUGAGAUGUGUCCAGCGCAGCCACAGCCCUGCCGACGCGGCUUCAUCCCCAACAUCCGCACUGGAGCAUGCCAAGAUGUUGAUGAAUGCCAGGCUAUUCCUGGGAUAUGUCAAGGAGGAAACUGCGUCAAUACAGUGGGCUCCUUUGAGUGCAAAUGUCCUGCUGGUCACAAGCAGAGUGAAACUAAUCAGAAGUGUGAAGACAUCGAUGAGUGCAGCAUCAUUCCUGGGAUAUGUGAAACUGGUGAAUGUUCCAACACCGUGGGAAGCUAUUUUUGCAUUUGCCCACGUGGAUAUGUAACCUCAACAGAUGGCUCUCGGUGCAUUGAUCAGAGAACAGGCAUCUGCUUCUCAGGCCUGGUGAAUGGUCGCUGUGCACAGGAGCUCCCAGGCCGAAUGACGAAAAUGCAGUGCUGCUGCGAGCCUGGCCGCUGCUGGGGGGUGGGAACCAUUCCUGAGGCCUGUCCUGUCAGAGGCUCUGAGGAAUAUCGCAGACUUUGUAUGGAAGGGAUUCCAAUAGGAGGGGUGCCUGGGAGUGCUGGUUCCAGACCUGGAGGCGCAGGAGGGAAUGGCUUUGGACCAGGUGGGCCUGGCUUCAUCCCUGUCCCUGGAGGCAAUGGCUUUUCUCCUGGUGUUGGUGGAGCUGGUGUAGGAGCUGGAGGACAGGGACCCAUCAUCACUGGACUAACAAUCCUGAAUCAGACAAUAGAUAUCUGUAAGCACCAUGCUAAUCUUUGUUUAAAUGGACGCUGCAUACCGACGGUUUCCAGCUACCGAUGUGAAUGCAACAUGGGUUAUAAGCAGGAUUCAAAUGCAGAUUGCAUAGAUGUUGAUGAAUGCACGUCAAAUCCCUGCACUAAUGGAGAUUGUGUUAACACACCUGGAUCCUAUUAUUGCAAAUGUCAUGCUGGAUUCCAGAGGACUCCUACCAAGCAAGCAUGCAUUGAUAUUGAUGAGUGCAUCCAGAAUGGAGUUCUUUGUAAAAAUGGUCGAUGUGUGAAUACAGAUGGAAGUUUCCAGUGCAUUUGCAAUGCUGGCUUUGAAUUAACUACCGAUGGAAAAAACUGUGUUGAUCAUGAUGAAUGUACAACUACCAACAUGUGUUUGAAUGGGAUGUGCAUUAAUGAAGAUGGCAGCUUCAAGUGCAUCUGCAAACCAGGAUUUGUCUUGGCUCCAAAUGGGCGUUACUGUACUGAUGUUGAUGAAUGCCAGACCCCAGGAAUCUGCAUGAAUGGACACUGCAUCAACAAUGAGGGAUCCUUCCGCUGUGACUGUCCCCCUGGCCUGGCUGUGGGUGUGGAUGGCCGAGUUUGUGUUGAUACUCAUAUGCGCAGUACGUGCUAUGGUGGAAUCAAGAAGGGAGUGUGUGUCCGUCCCUUCCCUGGUGCAGUGACCAAAUCUGAAUGCUGCUGUGCCAACCCAGACUAUGGUUUUGGAGAGCCCUGUCAGCCAUGCCCUGCUAAGAACUCAGCUGAAUUCCAUGGUCUUUGUAGUAGUGGACUAGGCAUCACUGUGGAUGGAAGAGAUAUCAAUGAAUGUGCUUUGGAUCCUGAUAUAUGUGCCAAUGGAAUUUGUGAAAACUUACGUGGUAGUUACCGUUGUAAUUGUAAUAGUGGCUAUGAACCAGAUACCUCUGGAAGAAACUGUAUUGACAUUGAUGAGUGCCUGGUAAACAGACUGCUUUGUGAUAAUGGACUAUGUCGAAACACACCUGGAAGUUAUAGUUGCACAUGCCCACCUGGGUAUGUGUUCAGGACAGAGACAGAGACUUGUGAAGAUAUAAAUGAAUGUGAAAGCAACCCCUGUGUCAAUGGAGCAUGCAGAAACAACCUUGGAUCUUUCAAUUGUGAAUGUUCACCCGGCAGCAAGCUCAGCUCAACAGGAUUGAUCUGUAUUGACAGCCUGAAAGGGACAUGUUGGCUCAAUAUCCAGGACAACCGCUGUGAAGUGAACAUCAACGGAGCCACUCUGAAAUCUGAAUGCUGUGCCACUCUCGGGGCUGCUUGGGGGAGCCCCUGUGAGCGCUGUGAGCUAGAUACAGCUUGUCCAAGAGGGUUUGCCAGAAUUAAAGGUGUUAGUUGUGAAGACGUUAAUGAGUGUGAGGUGUUUCCUGGCGUGUGUCCCAAUGGACGAUGUGUCAAUAGCAAAGGAUCUUUUCACUGUGAAUGCCCUGAAGGCCUUACAUUGGAUGGAACUGGUCGUGUAUGUUUGGAUGUCCGCAUGGAACAGUGUUACCUGAGGUGGGAUGAAGAUGAAUGUGUCCAUCCUGUGCCAGGAAAGUUCCGCAUGGACGCCUGCUGCUGUGCAGUUGGGGCGGCUUGGGGCACUGAGUGUGAGGAAUGCCCUAAGCCUGGCACCAAGGAAUAUGAGACUCUGUGUCCCCGCGGGCCCGGCUUUGCCAACAGAGGGGAUGUUCUUACUGGACGGCCAUUUUAUAAAGAUAUCAAUGAAUGCAAAGCAUUCCCUGGGAUGUGUACCUAUGGAAAGUGCAGAAAUACAAUUGGAAGUUUCAAGUGCCGCUGCAAUAGUGGCUUUGCUCUAGACAUGGAGGAAAGAAAUUGCACAGACAUCGAUGAGUGCAGGAUUUCUCCUGAUCUCUGUGGAAGUGGAAUCUGUGUCAAUACCCCAGGCAGCUUUGAAUGCGAGUGCUUUGAGGGCUACGAGAGUGGGUUCAUGAUGAUGAAGAACUGCAUGGACAUUGACGAAUGUGAACGUAACCCUCUCCUUUGUAGGGGUGGCACCUGUGUGAACACUGAGGGCAGCUUUCAGUGUGACUGCCCACUGGGACACGAGCUGUCACCAUCACGCGAGGACUGUGUGGAUAUUAAUGAAUGUUCCCUGAGUGACAAUCUCUGUAGAAAUGGAAAAUGUGUGAACAUGAUUGGGACCUACCAGUGCUCCUGUAAUCCUGGCUACCAGGCCACACCUGACCGUCAGGGCUGUACAGAUGUUGAUGAAUGCAUGAUAAUGAACGGAGGCUGUGACACCCAGUGCACUAAUUCAGAAGGAAGCUAUGACUGUAGCUGCACUGAAGGCUAUGCCCUGAUGCCAGAUGGGAGAUCAUGUGCAGAUAUUGAUGAAUGUGAAAAUAAUCCUGACAUUUGUGAUGGUGGCCAGUGUACCAACAUUCCUGGAGAGUAUCGCUGUCUCUGUUACGAUGGCUUCAUGGCUUCAAUGGACAUGAAAACUUGCAUUGAUGUAAAUGAGUGUGACUUAAAUUCGAACAUCUGCAUGUUUGGAGAAUGUGAGAACACCAAGGGAUCCUUCAUCUGCCACUGUCAGCUGGGCUACUCAGUGAAGAAGGGGACCACCGGAUGCACAGAUGUGGAUGAGUGUGAAAUUGGUGCCCACAACUGCGACAUGCACGCCUCAUGUCUGAAUGUCCCAGGAAGUUUCAAAUGCAGUUGCAGAGAAGGCUGGGUUGGAAAUGGCAUCAAAUGUAUUGAUCUGGAUGAAUGUUCUAACGGGACCCACCAGUGCAGCAUAAAUGCUCAGUGUGUAAAUACCCCAGGUUCCUACCGCUGUGCUUGCUCCGAAGGGUUCACUGGAGAUGGUUUUACCUGCUCAGACAUUGAUGAGUGUGCAGAAAACAUCAAUCUCUGCGAGAAUGGACAGUGCCUCAACGUCCCGGGUGCCUAUCGCUGCGAGUGCGAGAUGGGCUUCACUCCAGCCUCAGACAGCAGAUCCUGCCAAGAUAUUGAUGAAUGUGCCUUCCAGAAUAUUUGUGUCUUUGGAACAUGUAAUAAUUUGCCUGGAAUGUUUCAUUGUAUCUGCGAUGAUGGCUAUGAAUUGGACAGAACAGGAGGGAACUGUACAGAUAUUGAUGAGUGUGCCGAUCCCAUAAACUGUGUCAAUGGUCUAUGUGUCAACACACCUGGUCGCUAUGAAUGUAACUGUCCCCCUGAUUUUCAGCUGAACCCCACUGGUGUGGGCUGUGUGGACAACCGCGUGGGCAACUGUUACCUGAAGUUUGGUCCUCGAGGUGACGGGAGUUUGUCUUGCAACACUGAGAUCGGGGUGGGCGUCAGUCGCUCUUCUUGUUGCUGCUCUCUGGGGAAGGCCUGGGGAAAUCCCUGUGAGACGUGCCCCCCUGUCAAUAGCACUGAAUAUUACACCCUAUGCCCCGGAGGGGAAGGCUUCAGACCUAACCCCAUUACAAUCAUCUUAGAAGACAUUGAUGAAUGCCAGGAGUUACCAGGUCUCUGCCAGGGUGGAAACUGCAUUAACACUUUUGGGAGCUUCCAGUGUGAGUGUCCGCAAGGGUACUACCUCAGUGAGGAAACGCGCAUCUGUGAGGAUAUUGAUGAGUGUUUUGCACAUCCUGGUGUAUGUGGGCCAGGGACCUGCUACAACACCCUGGGAAAUUACACCUGCAUUUGCCCACCUGAAUACAUGCAAGUUAAUGGAGGCCACAAUUGCAUGGACAUGAGAAAAAGCUUUUGCUACAGAAGCUAUAAUGGAACCACUUGUGAGAAUGAAUUGCCUUUUAAUGUGACGAAGAGAAUGUGCUGCUGUACAUAUAAUGUGGGCAAAGCCUGGAACAAACCUUGUGAACCAUGUCCAACACCAGGAACAGCUGACUUUAAAACCAUAUGUGGAAAUAUUCCUGGAUUCACCUUUGAUAUUCAUACAGGAAAAGCUGUUGACAUUGAUGAAUGUAAAGAGAUCCCAGGCAUUUGUGCAAAUGGUGUGUGCAUUAACCAGAUUGGCAGCUUCCGCUGUGAAUGUCCUACAGGAUUCAGUUACAAUGACUUGCUCUUAGUAUGUGAAGACAUUGAUGAGUGCAGCAAUGGUGAUAAUCUCUGCCAGCGAAACGCAGACUGCAUCAACAGUCCCGGCAGUUACCGUUGUGAAUGUGCUGCAGGGUUCAAGCUUUCACCCAACGGGGCCUGUGUAGAUCGCAACGAAUGUUUAGAAAUUCCUAAUGUUUGCAGUCAUGGCUUGUGUGUUGAUUUGCAAGGAAGUUACCAGUGUAUCUGCCACAAUGGGUUUAAGGCUUCCCAGGACCAGACCAUGUGCAUGGAUGUUGACGAGUGUGAGAGGCAUCCAUGUGGAAAUGGAACUUGUAAAAACACCGUUGGAUCCUAUAACUGUCUUUGCUACCCUGGGUUUGAACUCACUCAUAAUAAUGAUUGCCUGGAUAUAGAUGAGUGCAGUUCCUUCUUUGGUCAAGUAUGCAGAAAUGGACGGUGUUUUAAUGAAAUUGGCUCUUUCAAGUGUUUGUGUAAUGAAGGUUAUGAACUUACUCCAGAUGGCAAAAACUGUAUAGAUACAAAUGAGUGUGUGGCUCUUCCUGGCUCUUGUUCUCCUGGUACCUGUCAAAAUUUGGAAGGAUCCUUCAGGUGCAUCUGUCCACCAGGGUAUGAAGUAAAAAGUGAGAACUGUAUCGAUAUAAAUGAAUGUGAUGAGGAUCCCAACAUCUGUCUUUUUGGUUCCUGCACCAAUACUCCAGGGGGCUUCCAGUGCAUCUGCCCACCUGGUUUUGUAUUAUCCGAUAAUGGACGGAGAUGCUUUGAUACCCGCCAGAGCUUCUGCUUCACAAAUUUUGAAAAUGGAAAGUGUUCUGUGCCCAAAGCUUUCAACACAACCAAAGCAAAAUGCUGCUGUAGUAAAAUGCCAGGAGAGGGCUGGGGUGACCCCUGCGAGCUGUGCCCCAAAGAUGAUGAAGUUGCAUUCCAGGAUUUGUGUCCAUAUGGCCAUGGAACUGUCCCCAGUCUUCAUGAUACACGUGAAGAUGUCAAUGAAUGUCUUGAGAGCCCAGGAAUUUGUUCCAAUGGGCAGUGUAUCAACACAGAUGGCUCUUUCCGCUGUGAAUGCCCCAUGGGUUACAACCUUGAUUACACAGGCGUGCGCUGUGUAGAUACUGAUGAGUGUUCAAUUGGCAAUCCCUGUGGAAAUGGUACGUGCACCAAUGUGAUUGGGAGUUUCGAAUGCAAUUGCAAUGAUGGCUUUGAGCCUGGCCCCAUGAUGAACUGUGAAGAUAUCAAUGAAUGUGCCCAGAACCCACUGUUGUGUGCGUUCCGCUGCAUGAACACCUUUGGGUCCUAUGAAUGCACGUGCCCAGUUGGAUAUGCCUUAAGGGAAGACCAGAAGAUGUGUAAAGAUCUAGAUGAAUGUGCAGAAGGCCUACACGAUUGUGAAUCUAGAGGCAUGAUGUGUAAGAAUCUGAUUGGAACCUUCAUGUGCAUCUGCCCCCCUGGAAUGGCCAGAAAACCUGAUGGAGAAGGCUGUGUGGAUGAAAAUGAAUGCAGGACCAAGCCCGGAAUCUGUGAAAAUGGGCGCUGUGCUAACAUCAUUGGAAGCUAUAGGUGUGAGUGUAAUGAAGGAUUCCAACUGAGUCCCUCGGGCACCGAAUGUCUUGACAAUCGACAGGGACUGUGCUUUGCGGAGGUAUUACAGACUAUGUGUCAAAUGGCAUCCAGCAGCCGCAAUCUUGUCACCAAGUCAGAAUGCUGCUGUGAUGGUGGGCGAGGCUGGGGCCAUCAAUGUGAGCUUUGUCCACUUCCAGGAACUGCCCAGUACAAAAAAAUAUGCCCUCAUGGCCCAGGAUAUACCACUGACGGAAGAGAUAUCGAUGAAUGUAAAGUCAUGCCAAACCUCUGCACAAAUGGUCAGUGCAUCAACACCAUGGGCUCAUUCCGCUGCUUCUGCAAGGUUGGCUACACCACAGAUCUCAGUGGCACCUCUUGUGUUGACCUGGAUGAAUGUCAAACCAAACAACACAACUGCCAGUUCCUCUGUGUCAACACCCUGGGGGGAUUUACCUGUAAAUGUCCACCUGGAUUCACACAGCAUCACACUGCCUGUAUUGACAACAAUGAAUGUGGGUCUCAGCCUUCACUCUGUGGAGCAAAGGGAAUCUGUCAGAACACCCCUGGAAGUUUCAGCUGUGAAUGCCAAAGAGGAUUCUCUCUGGAUGCUACUGGAAUGAACUGUGAAGAUGUUGAUGAAUGUGAUGGAAACCACAGGUGCCAACAUGGUUGUCAGAACAUCCUAGGAGGCUAUAGAUGUGGUUGUCCCCAAGGAUAUAUUCAACAUUACCAGUGGAAUCAGUGUGUUGAUGAGAAUGAAUGUUCCAACCCGAAUGCCUGUGGUUCUGCCUCCUGCUACAACACCCUGGGGAGUUACAAGUGUGCCUGCCCCUCGGGGUUCUCCUUUGACCAGUUCUCCAGUGCCUGCCAUGAUGUGAAUGAAUGUUCAUCCUCCAAAAACCCAUGCAAUUAUGGCUGUUCCAACACAGAAGGAGGUUACCUCUGUGGCUGCCCACCCGGGUAUUACAGAGUGGGACAAGGGCACUGUGUCUCAGGAAUGGGAUUUAACAAAGGGCAAUACCUAUCAGUGGAUGCAGAGGUCGACGAGGAAAAUGCUCUGUCUCCAGAAGCAUGCUAUGAGUGUAAAAUCAAUGGUUACACAAAGAAAGAAAGUCGGCAGAGGAGAAGUGUCCACGAAUCUUCACCAACAGCUGUUGAACAGAUCAGCCUAGAAAGUGUCGACAUGGAUAGCCCCGUCAAAAUGAACUUCAGCCUCUCUGGACUCAACUCUAAGGAACACAUCCUUGAACUCAUGCCUGCCAUCGAGCCUCUCAACAACCACAUCCGCUAUGUCAUCUCCCAAGGGAAUGAUGAUGGCAUCUUCCGCAUCCACCAAAGGAAUGGGCUUAGCUACUUGCACACAGCUAAGAAAAGGCUGGUACCUGGCACAUACACACUGGAAAUCACUAGCAGCCCUCUGUACAAGAAGAAGGAGCUUAAGAAACUGGAAGACGGUAAUGAGGAUGACUACCUCCUAGGGGAGCUUGGGGAGGCUCUCAGAAUGAGGCUGCAGAUUCAGCUCUAUUAG